GAACUGAAACAAUCGAAGAAGGCACCACCACGCUAUGGGAAAGCAGAAACAGCAGGUGAUCUCCCGUUUCUUCGCUCCCAAAUCUAAAGCCCCUUCAUCAUCUUCAUCUUCAAUACCAUCAUCACCAUCUCCAUCUCCAUCUUCGCUCCCAAACCCACCAACCCCUCCACCGAAAAUCUCCACCACUGUCACUUUCUCUCCUUCCAAACGCCUUCCUUCCUCCCACGUGUCCCCCUCCACCAAACACCCCAAAGCCCCCAAAAUCUCUCACCCCAUUGACCCCUCUCUCCACCAAAAGUUCGUACAGAAGCUUCUUGAGCCUUCUUCCUCAACACCCACAAAGCUCCCACUUCCAACCACCAAGUACACUCCACUGGAGCAACAAGUCGUGGACCUAAAGCAAAAAUACCCAGAUGUUCUAUUGAUGGUAGAAGUUGGGUAUAGGUAUAGAUUCUUUGGUGAGGAUGCUGAGAUUGCAGCUAGGGUGUUGGGCAUUUAUGCUCAUGUUGAUCACAAUUUCUUGACUCCUAGCAUACCAACUUUUCGAUUAAAUGUCCAUGUGAGGAGACUUGUCAGUGCAGGGUUUAAGGUAGGUGUUGUUAAGCAGACCGAAACUGCAGCCAUUAAGGCGCAUGGUUCGAAUAAACUGGGACCCUUUUGCCGGGGUUUAUCGGCAUUGUACACAAAGGCGACGUUGGAGGCAGCAGAGGACGUGGGAGGUGGGGAAGAGGAAUGUGGGUCUUAUAAUAAUUACUUGGUUUGUGUAGUUGAGAAAGGGAUUAGUGUAGAAAAUAGUAAAGAUUGUGGUGUUGGGGGUGGGUUUGAUGUGAGAAUUGGGAUUGUUGCAGUUAAAGUAUCAACGGGGGAUGUUGUUCAUGGGGAGUUCAAUGAUAAUUUUAUGAGGGCUGGGCUUGAGGCUGUGAUUUUGAGCAUGUCCCCUGCUGAAUUGCUUCUUGGAUACCCGCUCUCUAAACAAACAGAGAAGUUGCUAUUAGCCUAUGCUGGACCUGCAUCAAAUGUUCGUGUGGAGCGUACCUCAAGAGAUUGCUUCAGUGAUGGUGGAGCACUUGCUGAAGUUAUGUCUUUACAUGAGAACUUAAGUGAAGAUAGUAGAGCUGAUCAUCAAGUGGACAACACAGAAGUGAUGGAACAGGAAAAUCAUUGCCUGGCAAUUGAGCCACCCACCACCUCUUAUGUGAAAUUUGUAAGUGCUCGGUAUCCCUUGGGAGAUGUUGUCACAGGAUUGAUUCAGAACAUGCCUUGGGCCAUGUGGCCCAAGUUGCCGCCACAUAUGCCCGCUUUUCGAAAAUAA